AUGCGCAGCGCCGAGUUGCGGUGGUUUUAUGUGACGGACGCGACAGGCAAGGUGGUGAAGGCCUUUCCAUGCCUCUUCGAGCAGCUGGGGAACUUCCCAGAGUCGUCGCGGUCUACUGCGACUCUGCAGCAAGGCUCACAUCGGCCGUGUUCUUCGUGCUACAUCAAGGAGACACAUCUGGCAGACCUGUCACAUAAGUCGGUGGUGCGGACUGUGGAGCUGCAGAGACGGGUGGUGGAUGCAAUUCAGUCGGCGGAUGACAGCAAGGCUGCAGAGAAAAUCAAAAAGCGCUGGUCCACCCACCCCGUGCAAUGCUAUUUAGAGAGGUGGAACUUUGCCGAGACCACGUGGGGAAACGUGUUCCUCGCUUGCGCGGCGGGCAUUCUCCACGUCCUGGACGGGGGAAUGCUGCCACGCAUGGGCAGAUGCUUCAUGGUCGGGAAGAGCAAGCCGGAGAGGCGUGAGUUCGAGAGGCGCCGCAAGGAACAAAAGAAGGACACGCGCGCAAGUGUGGUGCGCAUCCCGGGGGGGACCACAUGGUUCAGCACAGGGGCGAACUACGCCGCUUUCGAGCACAGGGGGAUGAUGCAGGUGAUGCCCCUCCUUAUCGCAGACAACAUGGAGAAGAGCAAGCAGCCGACUAAGGCAAAACGGGAACGGGAGGUGGCGGCGUUUGUGGCGUACGCCAGCUUCUACAAGGCGCUGGUGGGCGUGACAAAGCACACAGAGAAGUCUGUGGAAGACGUCCGAGAGAUGGCUGUGCAGUACGUAUCAUCCCCGUUAUUCAUAUUAGUGAUGUUGCGCCCAAAUGUGAUGCCCGGCAUAAGCAUGACUCCCAUGCGCACACGCAGGAUGGUGGACGCCAUCAAGGCCGCAUUCCCUGACCAGACGUCGAACUGGAACAUCCCUAAGGUGCACCAGAUCGUGCACCUGAUUGACGGCAUACCACUGCGUGGUAUGCCGCACGAGACAUCCACCAACCUUUGGGAGCACACGCACAAGGGCACCGUGAAGGUGCCAGUCCGUGGCAGCAACUGGCAUGACAUCCCGCGCCGUAUUGUCGAGGAGGAGGUGCAGCGCGAGAUUGCACGGGAGGUGGCGGCGGAAGCGGGCGGAAACAGGCAGUAUGUGACGGCGCUGCGCGAGGCCGUGCGAGGACUGAAGCCAGUCCUGACGAAGAAGUCACGGAGGGCGCACGUGGACGACGACCUGGAUGCGGUGAUGUGGGUGUAUCGCGAAGCGCAUGGGUCAGACAUGGACGCACUCGCCGGGUGCAUGGUGGCGGCAGGCAUCCCCACCACUACCAUUGAGGUGCACACUGCCGUGGCGAUCCCCCGAACGCGGGGGGGGGAGCUUGUGGCCAAGGGCACAUUUGUGAAGGCCAGCCCUUCUGAGCGGUGGUUUUCUGACAUCGCAGUGUUCCGGUCGGACGAUGAGGAGUGGUACGCAAGGUGCCUCUGCAUCUUCCGCGCAGAGGGGGCGGACGGAGCGAUGGGGCGGCACGUGUACGUGAAGUACUACGAGGCGGAGGGCACGUGCCCAAUGACGACAUGCUUGCAACUGUCUCCCGGCCGUGUGAGAACAAGAUAUGCGGUGGUGGAAGUGGAGUGCAUCCAGAGGGUGGUGCACUUGGGCAAGUCCUAUGUGAACAAGCGGGUCAUGCUCCUGAACAAGUUCCAGCUGACGGACGCCGCUUCCUGCCAUAUCCGCCCUCGUCCUAGCCAGGCCCUUCCUGCUCCCCUCCACACUCCUCUGCCCCUCCGUAAAGCACUCUACCCUCCUUACUGCUUCGCACCCUUCAUUCCCUUCCCUCCCUUCAGACCCUUCACUCCCGUCGCUCCUGCCUCUCCCGUUGCUCCCGCCUCUCCCUUCGCUUCCGUCCCUCCCGUCUCUCCCUUAUCUCCUUUCCUUCCCUUCGCUUCCGUCACGGGUGGGACGGGAGGGACGGUCGCUCCCGCCUCUCCCGUUGCUCCUGCCUCUCCCUUCGUUUCCGUCCCUCCCGUCUCUCCCUUAUCUCGUUUCCUUCCCUUCAUUCCCUUUGCUCCCGUCACGGGAAGGAUGGGUGGGACGGGAGGGACGGUCCCUCCUGCCUCUCCCGUUGCUCCUGCCUCUCCCUUCGCUUCUGUCCCUCCUGUCUCUCCCUUAUCUCCUUUCCUUCCCUUCACUCCCGUCGCGGGAGGGACGGGUGGGACGAUCGCUCCUCUCCCGUUGCUCGUGCCUCUCCCGUCGCUCCUGCCUCUCCCUUCGUUCCCGUACCUUUCGUCCCUCCCGUCUCUCCCUUAUCUCCUUUCGCUCCCUUCAUUCCCUUCACUCCCGUCACGGGAGGGACGGUGGCUGCCAUAG